GCGCGGCGGCGGCGCCCGUUUCCUUCGGCGGCAGCGGCGGCCACGGCCGGGCUCGCCGGUGUUGCCGGGGCGGCGAAGGAGGAGGGAUGGCGUACUUCGUGGAGAGCUUCUGGGGAGAAAGGAACAAUGGCUUUGAUGUCCUCUAUCAUAACAUGAAACACGGACAUUUGUCCACAAAAGACUUAGCAGACUUUAUAAGAGAAAGGGCUACAAUAGAAGAGACAUAUUCAAGGUCAAUGACAAAACUAGCCAAAUCAGCAAGCAAUUACACUCAACUUGGGACAUUUGCACCAGUUUGGGAUGUUUUCAAAACCUCAACAGAAAAACUAGCAAGCUGUCAUUUGGAUCUUGUGCGGAGAUUACAAGAACUAAUAAAAGAAGUUCACAAGUAUGGAGAUGAACAAAUCAAAGCUUAUAAAAAGACUAAAGAGGAUGUUUCAGGAACUUUGGAAGCAGUGCAAAAUAUUCAAAGUAUCACUCAGGCCUUGCAGAAAUCAAAGGAAAACUACAAUACAAAGUGUGUGGAACAAGACCGCCUGAAAAAGGAAGGAGCAACGCAGAGAGAAAUUGAUAAGGCAGCAGUUAAAACAAAAAAAGCUACAGAUACCUAUAAACUAUAUGUGGAGAAGUACGCUGUGUUUAAAGCUGAUUUUGAAGUGAAAAUGACAGAAACAGCACAGAAAUUUCAAGACAUUGAAGAAACACACCUUCUUCGUAUGAAAGAGAUUAUAGAAUCAUUGUCAAAUACUAUAAAAGAAAUUCAUAUACAAAUAGGAGAGGUGCACGAAGAGUUUAUUAAUAACAUGACAAAUACUACAGUUGAGAGUUUAAUACAGAAAUUUGCUGAAUCAAAAGGAACUGGGAAGGAAAGACCUGGCCCUAUUGAAUUCGAAGAAUGCAACACAUCCAGUGUAGUUGAAGGAAUAAAACCACGGAAGAGGAAGCCUUUUGGUUUAUCAGGAAUAAUGAAAAAAGAAAAAGAUACUGAAUCUGUGGAGUGUCCAGAUGCAGACUCAGUUAACUUUCCUGAUGUAGAUGACGAAGGAUACAGCAUUAAACCAGAAGCAACACAGGAUACCAAAGAGAAUCAUUUCUAUUCAUCCAGUGAUUCUGACUCUGAAGAUGAUGAACCCAGGAGGUUCCAUGUAGAAAUAAAACCUGUCCAGCCAAAUAACAGCUCUCAAUAUACUAUGCCUUCCUUGGAUGAGUUAAAAGUAUCUAUAGGGAACAUCACUCUUUCUCCAGCAAUAUCUCAGAGGCACAGUCCUGCACAAAUGAAUCAAAAUUCAUCCAGUGAAGAGUUAACAAAAUCAAAGCUUUCUGCUCCAUCUAAUGAAAAGGGGAACAGUGACCUCCUGGCAUGGGAUCCACUCUUCAGCAGUUCUCUUGAAUCUUCCUCUUCAGUUUCCUUGGCAUCCUCAUCCUCCUCAGCGAGGCCCACCACUCCUCUUUCUGUAGGCACCAUUGUACCCCCUCCAAGGCCUGCUUCAAGACCAAAGCUGACUACUGGGAAACUUAGUGGAAUUAAUGAAAUACCUAGGCCAUUCAGCCCUCCAUUGACCUCUAACUCAAGUCCACCUCCAGCAGCUCCUUUGGCACGUGCAGAGAGCAUUUCUUCUAUAUCCUCUUCUGCUUCUCUCAGUGCAGCAAACACACCUACAGUUGGUGUUUCACGUGGUCCCAGCCCUGUCAGCCUUGGAAACCAGGACACCUUGCCUGUUGCAGUAGCCCUUACUGAAUCUGUUAACGCCUACUUUAAAGGAGCAGAUCCCACAAAAUGUAUUGUGAAGAUUACUGGUGAUAUGACAAUAUCAUUCCCAAGUGGGAUUAUUAAAGUCUUCACAAGCAACCCAUCUCCUGCUGUGCUCUGCUUCAGGGUAAAAAACACAAGCAAACUAGAACAGAUUCUUCCAAAUGCACAACUUGUAUACAGUGAUCAGUCACAAAGUGACUCCAGUACUAAGGAUUUUUGGAUGAACAUGCAAGCUAUAACUGUCUACCUCAAGAAAUUAUCAGAGCAGAAUCCAUCUGCAUCCUAUUACAAUGUGGAUGUUUUAAAGUAUCAGGUAUCUUCAAAUGGCAUACAGUCUACUCCAUUGAAUCUUGCAACUUACUGGAAAUGUGAUGCUAGCACUACUGAUGUGAGAGUGGAUUAUAAAUACAAUCCAGAGUCUAUGAAUGUGCCUGGUAUGCUGUCUAAUGUCCAGGUUGUGGUACCAGUAGAUGGAGGAGUAAUAAACAUGCAGUCACUUCCACCUGCAAAAUGGAAUGCAGACCAGAUGAAAGCAUAUUGGAAAAUAUCUAGCAUUUCAGAGAAGUCUGAGAAUGGAGGUUCUGGAUCCCUCAGGGCAAAAUUUGAACUUUCAGGAGGACCCAGUAAACCAGCAACACUUGCAGUGCAAUUCAUCAGUGAAGGAAGCACCCUUUCAGGAGUAGAUGUGGAGCUUGUAGGCACUGGCUAUCGGCUUUCCCUUCUCAAGAAGAGAUUUGCCACUGGACGGUAUAUGGCAGACUGUUGAUGUACCUGUGAAAGUCAUCGGAUCAAAGGAGUGCAAGAAACCCACUCCGCCCUCUCUACUUUUCAAACACUAUUUUAAUACGCAUUAAUUUUUCCAAAAUGUUAUCUACUUUGAGGCUAAACUACAGAAAGUAAAUGCACUUUUGAAAGUCAGUUUGAAAACUUUUUAUUACCUUACAAUAGCACUGAAAUUAACUUCAACACUGUCUGUAAAUGAUCAACUGCAAUAUUUGGGAAAAUUUGUUGACAGUUUAGUAAAUUUAUAUAGGUGAAGUCAAAAUAGUAAUCCACAGCUGUAAUGAAAGUAUGAAACUGUAUGUUGUACUGUAAACAUUAAACCUAAAAUGUAGGACAGCAAGUAAGAAAUAUUUGAGCUUUCCAUAACUAAUAUUCAUUUUUCAGAUUCUUUAAUUGCCAGCUUUUAAUUGCCAGUUCUUAAAGAUAGCAGAGGCUAAGUUUCAUGUAGUUCUUCUGUCCACCAAUGCCACAAAACCAGCUGAGUUAGAGAUGUAUAAAGGAAAAGUAACUUCAUUCCCCUGUAUCAUAUAUUAUUAACAUGUAAGUUGUUUUAUAAAGGGGGUUUUUUCCCUAAGUGCAAUGUGUUACAAAAUUGCAAAACACAGCAGAGAUUUCCUUCUGCAGUUGGUAGAUUUUUUGGGCGUUGUGAUUGCGACGCUGUAGAUUUUAAUUUAUUUUUAUAUGAAUUGCAUAACAAUUGUGCCUUUCAAAAAAGCCUGUGCCUAUCCAAUUUGAUAUUCACGUGCCUCAUUUCCUUUUUCAGAGUUUAGCUCUUCAUGAAGAAAGCAUGAUAUUUGUACAUACAAUUUUAUAAAAAUUCCUUUCACUGGGAUUUAUUUCAAAGGCAGAUUUGCAAAUAAUGGAGUUUGUUUUAAAAGAUGUUUAAAAUAUUGAAUUACUUCCUCAUGGGGUGACCACAAUAAAAUGUGGCUGUAGUAAAGGGAGAUGCAUCAUUCAGGACUCAGAAACUUUCAUUAAGUAACUUUAUUGUCACCAAAGAUGAGAAUCCUGAAAAAUUACUGAAGAUAGUAAAAGCAAACUCUAAAAGCAAACAGCAUUACUCUUCACUUUGACUGUAAGUCUUUAGACUUUGAGUGCUUUUGGGGAUGUGUAAUGUGAAAGUUCUCAUAGUACUUUGGGAGGAGUAUUUUAUGGCAGCAUUAUGACAAAUACUGACUUGUCCAUUAAUUUUUUUCUAUAACUACCAAUUUUAAUAUUUCUGUUGUCAUCUAAUCUGCUUGCCACAGCCUAGGCAGAGGGAAGUGACACCAUUAAUAUUUUUUAAAGCAAGUCAGUAAUUUAGAAAAUCUUCUAUGUAUUUAUAUUAUCAAGGGGGCUUUUUUAGUGCUGAAAUCAAAAGCAUUGGGGCAAGAUAAUUCAAUAAUCUUCAUAGAGGAAUUUCAAAUGAAUAUUUAGAGUACUAGUAUCUAUUUCAAAUUCUCUGUUAAAACAGUAAAACGUGCUCGAGUUAAUUCAUGCAAAGCCAGUAGUGAAAUGAACUGCUGAAGCUUUACAAGAAAUUAUGCCUUUGUAGAGGCUACACAAAUUCUAAUGUACACUACACACUUUUGCAGAUGAGAAUUCCAUUGUUAAUACUAAGAAUAUACUGUGCUGUAGAUUUGAUUGGAAGAGUAUAUUUGGCUCCUAAUUUGCUAAUCUUAUUGGUGGUAAAUUUAUAAUGCCUAAAAUGGUACAGUCUUUUUACUGGAAUUUAAAUUGUAAUCUGCUUUGUAAUCAAACUGAUUAAUGUGACAAUACUUCAUAAAUGAAAACCAAACUGUUAUUUCAAUUUCUAAUCAAGUAUUACUUUAAUUCCUAAGUUAAAUGAAGUAGUUAAUGUUUCAGCACUUUUAAACUAGCCUUCAUUCAGAUGUUUUUACAUAAAUUUGUGUUGGGUGCAGGUUACAAUUUUGAAGCCAUACAAGUUUAUAUCGCAUUUUUGUAAAGAAACUCAAGAACAAUGUAAAAAGUACAUGUAGCUAUCUGAUAUUAAAAAGAAGUAUGUAGCAAGCUGGUUCUUGCCUGUGUAUACAGCAAUAUCCCUUGUAGCUGCCUCCUAAGAAAAUUAAUUUGUAAACACAACUCUAAAGGAUCUGAAUUUUUAUGAAUUGUUGCUACAUCAGACUGUAAAUUAGAGCAUACAAGUUUAUCUUACAAAAAUUGUAAAUACUUCAGAAUUUUCAUAAAAUGUAAAUUUUAAAAAAUUUGCACCCAUAAUAAACAUGUAAUAUAUAAUUUAAA